AUGGCAUUAGUUUUAUUAAGCCUACUAUUGUUGGUGCAAUCACCAAGCAUAUCUGCAUCUGGGUUGUUGCAACAUAUAAAAGCUUGUGGAACAUAUCACAUUAGCUACUUGGGUAAUCCUGGUCAGGAAUUGUUCUAUAUUGAUGGAAAUUUGGUGGACAAAUAUUUAUUCUGCAAGGCUGUCAGAAUAUAUCAUGAGAAUCAUUGCUCCGUCACAAGAAAUAUCGGAAAUCAGUAUUGUGGAUUGGAAUUUUCAUUAGAUAAGUUGUCUUUGGAGGUGGGAAGAAAAUUUUUACGAAAUGUGGUUCGAGAAGGAUCUACAGGGCACGAUUUCGAUAAAACAUCUCAGUUGAAAAGGGAUAAAUAUGCUAAGAACCCAAUAUUAACCCCGAAAAUUCUGGCCAUGGCAGUACCAGCUUUCUUUGUUUUAUGUUGCUCCUUUCUUUGCCCUUGCUUUCAAGCAAGAAAGAGGGAACUUGGCCAUACUGUUCUGUCCAAGGAGCCAAAUUCAAUGGAUUCAAUUUCAUCUUUAGAAAUGAGUUCUGUUUCUGAGAGGAUUCCAGCCAGUCCACUGCGAGUGCCACCUAGUCCUUCAAAAUUUUCCAUGUCACCAAAACUUAAUAGGGUUGGAUCGGUUCAUCUUUCUAUGAGCCAAGUUGCCAGAGCAACACAUAAUUUCGCGCGUUCACAAAUAAUAGGUGAAGGAGGGUUCGGAGCUGUCUACAAGGCCGAGCUACCAGACGGCCAGGUCGUUGCCAUUAAACGGGCAAAAAAGGAACACUUUGAAGCAUUGCGGACUGAAUUUAAGAGUGAAGUUGAACUUCUGGCUAAAAUUGAUCAUCGGAAUCUCGUCAAGCUGCUUGGUUAUGUUGAUAAUGGAGAUGAGCGUCUGAUUCUUACAGAGUAUGUGCCAAAUGGUACACUUAGAGAACAUCUAGAUGGAUGGAAGGGAAAGAUAUUGGAUUUCUGUCAGAGACUUGAAAUAUCCAUUGAUGUUGCUCAUGGCCUAACCUAUCUCCAUAUGUAUGCAGAGAAGCAAAUUAUCCACAGAGAUAGACCACUCGAUGACAGGGUGACAAUUAAAUGGGCUUUCAGGAAGUAUAAUGAAGGAAAACUUUUGGAGAUGUUAGACCCUAUGAUGAAGGAAACAGUAGAUAAAGAAAUACUGGCGAAAAUGUUUGGUUUGGCCAUCCAAUGUGUGGCACCUACACGAACUGAUCGUCCAGACAUGAAAUCAGUCGCGGAGCAGCUCUGGGGAAUUAGAAUGGACUACUCGAGAAGCGGAAGGAGAGAUUGA